GUGUGCAUGGACGGCGGCGGCGGAGCGCGGGGGGGGGGGUGCGAUCCAUGCCCAGCGAGCGCGCACGAGUCCGCUCCAGGUUUUGCUGCUCCGCUCAUCAUCACACAAACGCAGGCAAUACCUUCCCUGACUGACUCUCAGCUCCAGCAUUGCUGUGCAAGCAGAUGAACCCGGCGUUCUGUUGCUGACACUUUGAACCGCGCUCGCGUUUUUGGAGAAGGUAUCGUUCAGCUCCAAGGCUGCAAAGUGACAAGAAAGAGGGAGGAGGAGGAAAAAAAAAACUGCCUGGACUCUUGGCUCGGUGACAGCGGGAGGAGAGUAGUUUGGCUCCGGGCAGAGCAGCAGCAGCAGCAGCAGCAGCAGUGACAAAGCCAGCACUUUAUUUACCACACCUGUGAUGCGCCGUUCUGAGCAACGGAGACGCAAGAGACCGGGAUACUGAUGUGGCCACGGCUCUGCGGGAGGAUAUGUGCUGAGGACAAGGACUAAAACAAAAUAAAAAAAAACACGGCGUUCAAGCUUUACUCUCUGGACCUGAGAGGGAAAAAAACUGUUUCUCCUUUGACUAUUACCCGCUUUAAAACUUCAUUUUCUUUUUUUUUUUAAAUACGCACAAAGAUGCCCUUACUCCCGGCUCCCUUUGUCCGCUGUAGACUCAGCGCCACGCUGCGUGUGCUCUGGCUCCUGUCCGCUGGCUUCAGCCUCACCGGCUCUGAGCACACGGCCACAGCAGCACUACCUGCUGCGUUCUCGGACCUGUUACCUCACUUCCUGGUGGAGCCAGAGGACGAGUACAUUGUUAAGAACAAGCCGGUGACACUGACCUGCCGCUCCACCCCGGCCACACAGAUCUACUUCAAGUGCAACGGGGAGUGGGUUCAUCAGGAUGACCAUUUAAUUGAGCGAACCGUUGACCCAGCCACAGCUCUGCCAGUCAUGCAGGUGACAAUUGACAUAACCAGGCAGCAGGUGGAGAAGAUCUUUGGUCUUGAUGAGUACUGGUGUCAGUGUGUCGCCUGGAGCACCACCGGCACCCAGAAGAGCCAGAAAGCAUACAUCAGGAUCGCAUACCUGAGAAAGAAUUUUGAGGAGGAGCCGCAGGGGAAAGAGGUGGCACUGGACCAGGAGGUGUUACUGCGAUGCCAUCCCCCAGAGGGAGUGCCACAAGCUGAGGUGGAGUGGCAGAGAAAUGAGGACGUGAUCAACCCGACCAGCGACCCCAAUUUUUUCAUCACAGCCGACCACAAUCUUGUCAUCAGAAAGGCCCGUCUGGCAGACACGGGCAACUACACGUGUGUGGCCAAGAACAUAGUGGCUCGUCGCAAGAGCAGCUCCGCAACGGUCCUGGUCUAUGUCAACGGCGGCUGGUCCACAUGGACCACCUGGUCGUCCUGCAGUGCCGUUUGCGGGCGUGGCUGGCAGAAGAGGAGUCGGAGCUGCACCAACCCCACGCCACUGAACGGAGGCACGUCCUGUGAGGGGCAGAACGUCCAGAAAAGUGCCUGCGUGGCCACCUGUCCAGUAGAUGGAGGCUGGAGCGAGUGGAGCAAGUGGUCAGCUUGCGGCGCCGACUGUUCUAUGUGGAGGAGCAGGGAGUGCACCCAGCCCUCACCUGGCACCGGAGGCAAAGACUGCCAGGGGGUCGACCUCCAGUCCCUCAACUGUACCAGCGAGCAGUGUCCACAGACCGUCAGUGGGGCCGAGGACGUUGCCCUCUACGUGGGCAUGGUUGCCGUGGCCCUUUGUCUGACCCUGCUGCUCAUCGUGGUGGUCCUGGUCUACCGGAGGAAGAAGGAGGGCCUGGACGCAGACGUGGCCGACUCGUCCAUUCUCACCACUGGCUUCCAGCCCAUGGGCAUCAAGCCCAGCAAGCCAGAGAAUUCCCACUUGCUGACGAUCCAGCCCGAUCUGACCACCACCACCACCAGUUACCAAGGCACGCUGCGCUCCCGCCACGACACUACUGGGAAGUUUUCUAUGACCAACGGGCCCCUGCUGGACCCACUGCCAAAUGGAUCACACACCCUGCACAAUGGGAAGCUUAAUUCAAACCCGUCUGAGUUUGUGAGCCGGCUGUCCUCUCAGAGCUUUUUUAAAACGCUGCCCCGCGAUGUGGAUAAUACCUCCUACGGGACCUUCAACUUCCUGGGAGGCAGACUGACGAUCCCUAACAUGGGAAUCAGCCUGCUCAUUCCUCCUGAGGCCAUCCCCAGAGGCAAGAUCUAUGAGAUUUAUCUCACUGUUCAAAGGAAGGAAGAUUUAAGGUUACCCCUGGCCGGAUGCCAGACCCUGCUUAGCCCCGUGGUGAGUUGUGGUCCUCCUGGGGUGGUCCUGAGCCGCCCAGUUAUCCUCAGCAUGGACCACUGCUCUGACGCAAGCCUCGAUAACUGGGCCGUGCGCCUGAAGAAGCAGAACUACGAGGGCGUAUGGGAGGACGUCCUGCUCAUGGGGGAGGAGCUUGUGUCAGAGCCCUAUUACUGCCAGCUGGAGGCCGAGACAUGCCGGGUGUUCACGGAGCAGCUGGGCUCCUUCGCCCUGGUGGGGGAGUCCCUGCACAUGGGUGCCGCCAAGCGCCUGCGGCUGGUGCUCUUCUCCGACUCGUACUGCUCCACGCUGGAGUACAACAUCAGGGUGUACUGCAUGGACGACACGCAGGACAUCUUCAAGGAGGUGAUGCAGAUGGAGCGGCAGCUCGGGGGUCGGCUGAUUGACGAGCCUCACGUCCUGCUUUUCAAAGACAGUUACCACAACCUGCGCUUGUCCAUCCAUGACAUGCCCCAGGCGCACUGGAGGAGCAAGCUGCUAGCCGGCUACCAGGAGAUUCCGUUUUAUCACAUCUGGAACGGUUCCCAGCGGUACCUGCACUGCACGUUCACACUGGAGCGUCUCAGCCUCAGCACCUGCGAGCUCACCUGCCAGCUGUGUGUGUGGCAAGUGGAGGGGGAGGGCCAGAGCUUUAGCCUUGACUUCAACAUUGCCAAGGACACUCGAUCUGUGGAUUCUGAGUGCCUGCUGAUGGACAGUAACGCCACAGCUCUGGCGGGGCCCAGUGCUUUUCAGAUUCCGUACCUCAUCAGGCAGAAGAUCUGCAGCAGCCUGGAUGCCCCCUGUCCCAACGGAGCUGACUGGAGAAUGUUAGCGCAAAGACUUAAACUUGAGAAACACAUGAGUUUCUUUGCAUCCAAAGCGAGUCCAACCUCUGUGAUCUUGGACCUGUGGGAGGCGCAGCAUUUCCACAGCGGCAACAUCAACCAGCUGGCGGCGGUCAUGGCUGACAUUGGCAAACAGGAAGCCAUGAUAUUCUUGGUCUCUGAUGGCGAAUGCUAACCCAGAAAACUGGAGAGAGAGACUGUAGGGGAGAAAGAACACAACAAUAACAACAACACACACCACAACAACAAAAAAACAAAAACGCCCGACAAUAACCGCAGCAGGACAGGGGGCAGCAGCAGAUCUGUCCCAGCGUCCCUCUUUAUCACAGAUGCUGUGAGGAGGAUUGUAACUCCCUGUUUCUUUAAAUGACAGAGCAAACAGAAGGGGGCAGCGGGCGCGUGCGUUGGGAAACAUUUUUGCUAACUCAACAAGUAAAUGCCCUUUAUUUUUCAUUAAACAAGGUUAAACGACACAGUUCAUGCCAUAGCAAAAUUAUAUCAAGGAGGAUGCAGGAAUUUACUGGGGGGAAAAAAUAAUCAAUAUUUAAUUCCCUUACUAUUUUCUUAUGGGCCACUAGAAGUGUAUGUUGGUGUGUGUUUCUGCUGCCACGCUCUCUGCAAGUCAGGACGUUUCUAGGUGGAAUUUUUCUUAUUUCCCCUCAGAAAUAAAGACCCAGUAGGAUGCAGCAAUGCAACUUAAAGGGUGGACAGCUAACAAAACCUAAGGAAACAGGAAGUGAGUUGUAAAGGGAGGGGCGGGACCAGCCCCGGGUGUCAGUUCUAUGUUUUUAUAUGAAACCUUUUUUUAAAUGUCCUGGAACACAAUUGAAGAUUGCUGGGAUUGAUGUAACACUAGGUGUCGCUGGAAGUUCAGAGUUCCGUGGUCGAUGUUGAGGUCCAGGCCGAUGGUGGAGCCCCCACUUGUUUCACUGUGUGGUGAUGUGCAUUUCUCGCGGUCGAUUGCCAAAUCCGUUGCUCGUUCUUGUGGAUCGUGAAGUGCGACUGGGUUGUAAAAA